ACAAUCAAGAACAACAAGAAAAGAAGAAACAGAAAGAUGGCCCCCGCAGCCAACUCGAACCAUGAGGCUCCUGCAGAAAGCAAGGCGACGAACUAUGGUGUGAAUAUGAAUGGCAAUAAUAGCAAGAUGGGUUCGAGGCCCCGCAGGCUUAGCAACUCCCAACUGCAACGAGCAGCGUCGGAGAAGGAAGGAGGGGAGGAGGAGAUGAUGCGUUGUGAGUGCUGCGGCCUUGCUGAAGAAUGCACUGCAGCAUAUGUGAGUAAAGUCAGGAAUAUCUUCUGCGGGCGAUGGGUUUGUGGGUUGUGCGCUGAGGCAGUGAAGGAGGAGCGCCACCGCAUGGGACCCCACACGCCUAUUGCCGACGCCUUGCAUGCCCAUAUCUCUCUCUGCCUCAACUUCAACCGUAAUACUCGAACCAAUCCUGCCGUGCAUGUCGCCCAUGCCAUGCGUCAGCUUCUCCGAAAGAAGAGUAUGCCCACCCCCACCUCCUCCCCCACCCCCAAUCUCUCUCGUACUGCAAGUUGUAUUCCUUCUCUUAAAUAAUUUACUCAUCUCCCCUACUCCACUCUCCUCUCCUAAAGCCGCUUCUUUCUCUUUCCCUCUACACGUUUUCUUCUUUCAAACAAACACAUUUCUCCCAAGAAGGUAAAUGUUGUGGCUUUUUACACAAACAUAACUGGACUUGGGACUUGAUGUAGUCUUCUUGUUUUUGAUCAUCAAUUCUGUAGGUUUCUAUGUUUUUUGGAGAUUCCAUGUAGUCUUCUUGUUUUGAUGAUGUUGAUAUAAAAACUGAUCAUCAAUUCUACA